GCUGAGGCGGCCCUGCUUGGCCCGAGCUCACUCUCCGUGUCCCUCCAGUUCCCUGACAUCGUGGAGUUCUGUGAGACCAUGGCCAACGCCGGCAAGACCGUGAUCGUGGCCGCGCUGGACGGGACUUUCCAGAGGAAGGCGUUUGGUGCCAUCCUGAACCUGGUGCCCCUGGCCGAGAGCGUGGUGAAGCUGACCGCUGUGUGCAUGGAGUGCUUCCGGGAAGCCGCCUACACCAAGAGGCUGGGCCUGGAGAAGGAGGUCGAGGUGAUCGGAGGAGCAGACAAGUACCACUCCGUGUGUCGCCUCUGCUACUUCAAGAAGUCCUCCGUGCAGCCUGCAGGGCAGGACAACAAGGAGAACUGCCCCGCACUGGGGAGGGCUGGGGAAGCUGCCGCUGUCCGGAAGCUCUUUGCCCCGCAGCAGGUCCUGCACUGCAGCCCCACCAACUGAGGCCCAGGACCUGCCCCCGGCCCUGCUGCUGCCCCUGCACGCUGUGUGGCCUUCUGAGGAGCCUGGGGAGGGCAGGAGGGUCUGCCUGUGGGGCUUGCCAUGUGACAGGAGUCCUUCCUGUGCCUGGUCUGCUGUCACAUCUUCCCUCCCUGGGGCCUUUCUCGGUUCUCCCGGCUGCUGGGAAGGUCUGCCCUGGGCUGGAGCCGGCGUGUCUGGUGGUUUGGGGUCUGGCUGCUGCAGCUGAGGGCAGAGUGGCAUGCUGUUGUGACAUGGGUGCUGCGGGCUGGGUUCCUCCUUGGUGCCGUCACCGCGGGUUUCUGUUCUCCUUGGAAAGUGUGCACCACACUUCCGCCCAUCCCCGCAAAGCCCGGGGCUGCUCCUGAGGACCACCUGCUGACCACUGCUGCACUUUGGGCUGAAAGCCCUUCCUAUGUUUUGCAGAAUGACAUCAUCUUUCACAUGGGUGGCAAGAGCCAGCUGGGGCUCAGACCCCAGGGGCUUGUUUCGUAGAGAGGGAGGGAGGGGGCCAUGCAUUUUUUCACCAUAGUGUAAAUAAAUACCAUUAAGACCCACUAGUUGGGGGCUGGGUGUGGCUCAGUGGUGGAGUGCACAAGGCCCUGAUGCUUUACCCAGCGCAGCCAAAAAAAAGUCACCAGUGGCUGAAGUCAUCUCCGGCCUGGGCCCCCAGGGUUAUGGAGACAGCUGUCACAUGACAGGGAGGGGAGUCCCCAACGGUCUGUACUGCUUACCUCUGACCGUGGAGUGUGUCCUAAUCCUGUGCCUGCUUGGCUGGCUGGCCGGUUUCAGGACAAAAAUGGGUGAAGGAGCCUGGGUCCCAGAUUGGAGAAGCGUGAUG